CAUCUUGCAAAUUACAAAAACUUGAAGGGGGUAAAAUAGUAUGCCGAUGAAGUGUGGGUCGAGGCGCCCCCAUUACCCGCCACUGAGAUUUCUGUAACAUCAUCCCCCUCUCUCUCCGACUCUCAGAUUUUAUGCGAAAUGGAAGGCGAUAAAACCCUAAUCAAACAAUACGAUAUGGAAGACGAGAAAACCCUGAUCAAACAACAGCAAGAACAGCAAGAGGAGCUCGAAGACGAGGAAUUCCGAAAAGAGUUUGAAUGCUGCAUUUGCCUGGAUCUUCUUUACAAGCCAGUUGUAUUAGGUUGUGGCCACAUUUCAUGCUUCUGGUGUGUCUUUAACACCAUGAAUGCUUUUCACGAGUCCUAUUGUCCCAUUUGUCGGGACCCAUUCAAUCAUUUUCCGAGUAUCUGUCAGUUGAUACAUUUCUUGCUCCAGAAGUUGUAUCCUGGAGUGUACGAAAGAAGAGGAAAACAAGUGGAAGAAGAAGAAAAGGAAGUUGGUUUCUUCUCGCCUCAAUUUGAUAAUUCACUAUCCGCAUCACAUCGUAUUGAGGAGUCAAAUAUUCUGGGCAAUGUUCACUCAAAGAACUCUGAAAGUUGUUCUUCUGGGAAUGAAGCUACUGGAAAUGCAGCAAUCCAAGAAGGCUGUUCACGUGAUUGCAAUCUUGGAAAUGGAACUCACCAGAGAGUUUCUGUUUCUGAUCUACUGUGUGCUGCAUGCAAGAACCUGCUCUUUCAACCUGUUGUUCUCAAUUGUGGUCAUGUAUAUUGUGAGUCCUGUAUCAACAUUCCAGCUGAUGGAAUUUAUAAGUGUCAGAUUUGUCAAAGCAUGCAUCCGAAGGGGUUCCCUAGUGUUUGCGAAAUUUUAGAGCACUUCUUGGAGGAGCAAUAUCCUGAAAUUUAUUUGCAGCGACGAGUAUCAUCACUAAAACUGCAUGUUCGUCAACGUGCUGACCAGUCAUCUUCGACACUUUCUGAUGAGUACUUAUCUUGCUGGGUUGGGCAGAAAGUUCAUUACGGAGUUGGUUGUGAUUGCUGUGGGGUAUCUCCAAUUAUUGGGGAGAGGUACAAAUGCAAAGACUGCGUGGAGAAAAUAGGUUUUGACUUAUGUGGAGCAUGCUACAAUGAGCCUUCUAAUAUCCCUGGCCGAUUCAAUCAGCAACAUAAACCAGAACACAAGCUUGAGCUUGUACCUCCAGGGAGACUACCUGUGCUUCUCUAUCAAUUAGAUGACGACGGUGCUGUGUUUCAGGAAGACCUAGAAACCGUCACUGCUGCUCCCAUUCCAGAAGAUCCAGAAAAUGGCCCUAGCAAUGUGCAAAAUGGUUCUCCUGCUUUUGUAUUCUCAGCUGAUAGCUCUGUAGAUCUGGAUGAUGAUUCUGAUGGCAGUGCUUUACCAGACUUAAUGCAAGAAUGAGAAGGUACCAACGAGCCUACAGUCUAACCAAAACAGCAAAUCAUGUGUCCAUUUUUUUAUGUUUGAUUUGUUGAAUGAGAAUUCCCUGUUUCGAAAUUGUUUCUGCAUGUUUAUAAUGUAUGUUUACAGCCAAAUUCAGCACAGAAACACUGUUAUAGUUUGAUAGAAAAUAUUUUCUUUGCUUUUUGUAAAAAUGCAACUCCCAUCUUCUUGAAGGCUGCUUUGGUUUUUGCUACCGUAA